AGUUCAAGGCGAUCGCUGUUUCAGACUAAAGAAAUCGCUUACAGCGACUGCACGAAAGUACAAUCACCGUAGAAAGCACUAAAACGAAAUCAAUGUGUAGAUUGUGAAAAGUUAGCAAACUAGAAAGAAUACUUUUGUUAUAAUCAAAGAAAAUCGUACUGCAUAGUAUACACAGCUGUCGGCAAUUUUCUAGCAAUUUACAAGAUUAACAUCAGUGCAGUGAACAGAUAUCUUACAAACGUUAACGUUUAUGCUAAAAGUAUAAAUAUAUUGGAUAAAUUAUCCUAAAUAGCAAAUAUUAAAGUGAUUGAGUCAGCAGCAAUUGAGUCCGCAGUUACGAGAAAUAGUUAACUGCACAGUUCUGUAGAAUACAAGCGAGUUGCGAAGGAGAAAAUUACCAACUGGAAUCAGCAUGCUUAACCAACGCAGGCUUUACUCUUACUUGCUACUUUUAAUAGUUUCUACCAACUGCCUGCUACUUUCGUAUGCUUAUCCCCAAAAUGAAGUUUACCAACGUAAGCUUUCUCAGGAAAUGCAGCAGUCACCUGUUUAUCAAUCAACAGCUGAAUCCACGGGCCGAAAAUAUGCGGUGAAACCCAAUGCUUCAAAAAAAGUGGCGUUAGAUGAUGUCGAAGAUGACGGCGAUGUGGUCAACCAACUAAGCGAGACUCCUACUGGUUUUUCCUGGUCCAAUAUGUUGUCGACUGUUUUAACGAUGUUCUUCAAUGGAGCAGCUAACGCGCCGUCUAAGUCUGACGAUAUCGACAACUCUGUCGGUUUUGGUGGCUCACCAUGGGCCAAUGUAAUAUCAAUGGGUCUAAAAAUCAUUAACACACUGUUAGGCGGCGGUGCUCCAAGCGACGGCAUUGAUAAGGUUGACAACGGCGGCUCACCAAUGCAGAACAUCUUAGCUGCUGUGCUGUCAUCAGUGCUUGGUACCAAAGAUCCCGAUCAAGUGAAUUCGAUGGCGAAACAAGCUGGAGAGUUCAUUCAAAUCGUGAUGAAUCUGCUAGAUGCUCUGAAGACAUCAUUCUCCCAUCGGUCGUUGUCCGCUCGCUCGAUGGGAAAACGGGACUCGGUAAGUGACGCCACAGUCGCUGGUCUCUCUCUUCUGAAAGGUUACGUGCGUACUUACCGCAACGCGAACGACAAAUGCAUGCAACGCUAUAUGUGUGAAGCAAACUCCGAAUGUGUUCGUGAAAUUGGAGGCGCCAGCAUCUUCUGCCAGCUGGGAUCUUAUGCUACAAGCUACUUCCUGAAUCGUACCAGCGAUGGUAAGUUCGAACAUUUAUACGAUGCGGGACGCAGGGGCCGCUCCGGAUAUGAUUGUCAUCAACUGUUUCUUGAGUGUAAUGAAGUUUAAGGCCUGGAAUAAAUUGACUGGAAUACACACGUCUAUAAUAUAAACCAUGCAAGUUAUAUUACUUGGCGCCCACAAGUAUCCCGAACGAUUAGUAAUUAAGUUUAGGUUAAAACAAUGUAAUUUAUUUAUUUAUUUAUGAGCGAAAAGAAAAAAAGCUCGAAAGCAAGGCAUGUUCUAAUUUAGGCUAGUAAAAUUUAAACAAAACAAAAAUUGGAAUUACUGUAAGUUGCAGUAGUACAUGGUCUGAAGUAUUGYUUACGGAGUUUUCUCUAUAAUAAUGACGCCAUACAAAAUUAUUCUGGUAUUCUCUUCUAUUAAAUAUACAAGUAUUUCGAGUA